AAAGAAAAAUAAAACGACGGCUCAACCCACGUUGAAAAAAAGUAAAAACAAAGUCAUCGCUAAGCCUACAACGACUGGAAAAAAGACGAAAGGUGAGAGCAAAGACAAGCACCAUGUUAUUUCGAGUAGAUCCAUCCCAUCCUAGUUGCUCACAUGGUCAUCUUUUCGUCAUCGAAAGGCAGUGUAAAGAAAGCGCUCAAGAAAGUUCCAUUUGAAGAAAAGGAAACAUCACCAGCAGCCAAUGACUCUGACAAUGAAAAAGUAGACGACAUUUUCAAAAAAUGGCAGCAGCCAAUGGACCAUGAUGAUGAUGGUGCAUCGGAAGCAUCAGCAAGUGAACACAUGGAAGUGGAUGAAAGCGAAGACGAGGAAGAAAUGAUGAAAAGAUUCCAACAGGAAAUGGAUCGCAGCGACGAUGACGAUGAUAAUGACCAUGAUGCCGAAGAGGAGGACAAAGAGGAUGUGGAAGACAUAGAACAAGACAUUGAACAAUAUAAGAAAGAUUUGGAAGCAUUGAAGGAUACAGAUCCAGAGUUCUACAAGUAUUUGGAAAAGGAAGAUAAAGAGCUGUUAGAGUUCGACGAAGGUGUCGAUGAUAUGGCCGAUUCAGAAGAAGAAAUUCCAUCGGAUAUCGAAGAGGAACCCGCUGAUGUUGAGGAUGUCGAAUUCAGUGCUUCCGUCCCUGCAUUAUCCAAGACCAUGUUGAAUGAGUGGAUCGAUUCAAUCAAAACAAAUAAGGAUUUCAAAGCAUUCAAAAAGUUAUUGCAGGCAUUCAAGACGGCAGCAAGAAUGUCUGAGGAGGACGAGGAAGAAAUGAACUUUAGCUAUAAAAUUGAAGACCCUGCAGUCUUUUCAAAGGUGAUUAUUUCUGCACUUCGAUAUGCACCGGUCGUUUUUGCACAUCAUCUCAAGCCCAAGAAAGAAGGCGGCUCACCCAUGACCUCGGGCCGCUGGUCCUUCUUCAAGACCUAUGUCAAAACCUAUUUAAACAACUUGCUGCAUCUUUUAAGAAACCUCACGGAUGCCGAUAUGAUACGUCUGGCCAUCCGCGAAGCAGAAAAAUGUACCCACCUUUUUGUCUGUUACGAUCGACUUUCGAAAGAAUAUCUCAAGGCCCUCUUACACGCCUGGGCCAGUCCAACCUCCGCUGAUAUGGUUCGUGUCCAAGCCUUUUUAAGUAUCAAAUCUUUAGCCGUUGCGCCAGUACCUGCUGCGAACAAAUAUGGAGCGAAAGGAUAUCUCGAUAUGUGUCUAAAGAAUGUGUAUUUAACGUAUGUCAAGAACUGUAAAAACACCAACAUGCACACUCUACCUGUGAUCAACAUGAUGCGAAACUUGGCCGUUCAGCUCUACGGUAUCCAUCCCACCUUGAGUUACCAACAAGCCUUUGUAUAUAUCCGUCAAUUAGCCAUUUAUUUGAGACAAGCGAUGAAGGUGCACUCCCAAAAGAAUCACAACAUGGUCUACAACUGGCAAUACAUUCAUUGUAUCGAUUUUUGGGUGGAUGUCCUCAAUGCUUACGCCACCGCUCGCAUGGUCGAUGCCGCGACGGGUGAGCCAGUCGGCGACUCCCCUUUGAAGCCUCUGAUCUAUCCUUUAUGUCAAGUCGCUGUGGGUGUCAUGCAACUGAUUCCCACCGCUCAAUUCUACCCGCUUCGUUUCCAUUUAUUACGUACAAUGACCUCGCUCAUCCAUCAUACAAAUACCUAUAUUCCUUUGGCGAAUUUUGUCAUUGAGGUGAUGGAGAGUAAAGUAGCCAUGGACAUGGCCAAAAAGACAGAUGCGGGCAACCCUACCGAUUGGGAUUUGGUGUUGAGAGUCAACAAGAAAAUCCUCCAUAGCCGUAUGUACCAAGACGAAGUGCUAGAACAAUGCGCCAAGGCUCUGAGCCAAUUUUACAAAGAAUUUUACAGUCAAUCUGGGUUCCGCGAAAUGGUCGAUCCCGAUAUCAUUACUAUCCGAAGAUUCCUGAAAAAAUCAAAAGCGUCUCUCAAAGGCAAAGAGAAGCUCAAGGCCCUAGUGAAAGAGCUGGAAAAUGUAACAAAAACUGCUAAAAAUACCAUUGAAACUGAACAAUAAAUCAAUGUAUAUAUAAUCCACAAAUCAAAAACUGAAUAAACCAAGC